AUGGUCAACCCUAAGAUCAAAAUGGAAGUCACAAGCCCUGCCACUGUUGACGGCGCCCACACAAGAUGCAGUAUUCUUUCUAAAAUGAAGAAACUGAGGACUCUGAUGAACACCUACUGGAUGCUGUGUGACGCCGUACACCAGGCUAAUGUCUUCUACUGCGAUCAGCUGAUGGCUGUUACCUUCUCCUCAUUUCUUCACAUCACUGUCACGUCUUACUACUUUUUCUUGCUCCUAAAAACUGCUAAAAUGCUCGUCAUAACUAAUGAAGGAGCUUGGAUCCUGCUUAACAUCUGCUACGUACUUCUGUUGCUAAACACAAGUACGGACGUCACCAACAAGGCUGAUGAGACAGGACAGAUGAUCUGCAAGUUGAUUAACAAGGACUUGGACCAGAAUCUGAGAAAACAGCUGGAAGGGUUUCUCCUGCAGUUGCCUCACCACAACGCAAGAUACUCUGCUCGUGGAUUUUUCCCGCUCAACAAAAAGACCCUCACAGCGAUGGCUGGAGCGGUGACAACUUACCUGGUGAUACUGAUUCAGUUCCAGACUGAAACCAUCAUCCACCUAGACUAA